GGGGACGCACCAUAGAGAACGAGAGCCCCUGUUACCUUGACAUGCGGAUCGGAUAGGCUGUUUGUUGCAAGUCCAAACAAUAUAAAUUGGAGACUGAACGGUCCUGAGUGCUGUUUCGGUUUUUGUGACUUCCGAUUCCCACUUGGAUCUCGUCCACGCGGCCAGACGUGCAUCAUGCCCACCAAGAGCGAAGUCAAAGCAGUCCUUGAAUGUUUGGACUCGAACAAAGACGGCAAAAUAAGCGUGGAAGAACUCAAAACAUUCCUGGACAGUGCUAACUGCAUUCUGAAACGGGAAGAUGUUGAGGCCUUCAUCAAAACCCACGAUGCAGACAAAGAUGGCAAAUUGGACUUGGAUGAAUUAGUCGCUUGUCUAAGCUGUGAGUAGCACUAUUCACGAAUUGUAUGAGCAACGCGUUGCCUUAUUUUACCUGAGAAAUGUUUGUUCAUUUAAUAAAUAUGUAUUGUAUAAUUGACUGAUU